AAACCAUUUAAUGGCCUUCAAUCAACCACCUGUUGAUGGCGCCAUCUUUAUGAACUUUGGACAAUGAUUUUUCUCAAGUUUACAAGUAGAUCUAACUGUAAACGUUUUUUGCUUGGUCAUUCUGUUCCCCACAUACUAUUUGUAGGUGUCUUCAUCAGACAAUUCAUGCCCUGUUUCGCUAGCACCAUGAAGGCAGCACAAUUCACCCCAGGGCCCCCAGAGAAUAUCAACAUAGGGGAGGUGCCUAUCCCUACACUCAGAAGUAGUGAGGUUCUCUUAAAGGUGUAUACCACAGCAAUCAACAGAGCUGAUACUCUACAGAGGAAGGGAUUAUAUCCUGCCCCGAAAGAUGAAAGCAACAUCCUUGGUUUAGAAGCUGCUGGGACUGUUGAGAAACUGGGCCCUGAUGUCAAAACUUUGAAUGUAGGGGACAGAGUCAUGGCUUUACUACCAGGUGGCGGUAAUGCAGAAUAUGUUGCAGUUCGAGAGAAUCAUACAAUUAAAGUGCCAUCUUCGAUGACAUGGACCAAAGCAGGUGCUAUCCCAGAAGUCUGGUUAACUGCUUAUCAACUUUUGCAUUUUGUGGGUCACGUUAAACCAGGGGAAACAGUGUUACUGCAUGCAGGAGGUAGUGGAGUCGGGACAGCCGCCACGCAACUAUGCGACUUGAUUGGUGCAAAAGCCAUUGUCACUGCAGGCAGUGAGGCUAAAAUCAACAUGGCUAAAUCUCUCGGAGCAGUCGCAGGAUUCAAUUAUAAAGAAGUGGAUUUUGCUGAAAAAGUACUUGAGUUUACGGAAGGUAAAGGCGUUGACCUCAUAUUGGAUCCAGUUGGAGGAAGUUACUGGGAAAAGAACACUGCUGCAAUUGCUUUAGAUGGAAGAUGGGUUCUCUAUGGCUCAAUGGGAGGUGGAAAGGUUGAUGGAGACAUCCUCGCUAAAAUAUUACGUAAGCGCAUACAGUUGACUGGUAGCACUCUACGUACACGCUCAAAUCAAUACAAGGCUGAACUCGUAAAGUCAUUCGAGGAGCAUACAUUAGAACAUUUCCAAAGCGGAAAACUGAAACCUAUUAUUGAUACAGUGCUCCCUUUAUCUAAAUUAGCAGAUGCACAUGCUCUGAUGGAAAGCAAUAAAAACAAUGGGAAAAUAGUGAUAGUUGUGCGAGAUGAUGAAAGUGACAUUAAAGCAGAAUUAUGAUGACUCUUAUGCUAUAUUAUUCGUAAAACUACUAUCAUGGGUGUGAAACAUAGGCAAGGCAAAUUUGUUUUUUAUAAUGUAUGUAUCAAAUGAUUCAAAUGUGUGUUCCUGGCUAAUAGUAAUUCAACAUACAAAGUUGGUUAAUCACGGCCAUAAUUAUAUUACUGGAAAAUUCAGG